GAAAAUGAAAAAUUAUUAUUUCGAAAAAUAGUUAAUGAAUGUAAUUUUUUAAGAUCUCAAAACAAUAAGUUAUGGGAAAUUAUAGGGAAACAACAGCUUGUAAUAAGAAAUUUACAGACUAAUAAUCAAAAAUUAGCUAGUAGUUUAGUAAUGCCACAAAGACUUGCUAAAAAGGCAGUCAAAUAUUUGGAGACAGCUGACACAGUCUCAGAUGAUGAAACAGAUAUUCCAGAUGAGAACUGA